AUCAUACUGCUAUCAUUUACGAAAUGUCUAUACCCUUCAAAGGGUUAUAUGUGUUUCGAGAAGUUUUGAGGACACAAUUACCAGCGGGUAAACGUAAUGUGGUCCUGUUGCGCCGAUGUGCAUCAACGUUUCUUCUCUUUAAGGAGAUGCUCACACGAAGCCUAAAUGAUUUGGAGGCUUUUAUAGAGAAAGCUACCCUUAGUACACCACCUACUGAUGAUAACGCGAACUCGUUCAUGACGCAAAUGAGGCAUUGGCGGUUUUCAUGUAUUAAUAAUACAUAUGAACGAAAUUGA